AUGGGCGCAUCAGAGGCUCCUGGCAAGAGCGAUGAGGCCAUGCCACACGAUCCGGGGCCGACCAGCAUAGAUGAAGAAAUCUUCGAUCUCGAAAAGCUAGGAAGAGAACGCCCAAAAUGCUUCCAAAGCGCCUGGACUGAAAUAUCAUUUUGUCUCUCAAUUUUCAUGUCCCAAAUCCUUGCAGAAUACUACAUCUCAGGCUCAAAUGUUCUCCUUCCAACGCUCGUCAAAGAGCUCGACCUCCCCGAAGCCUCUGCAAUAUGGCCGUCUACCGCAUUAUCGCUGGUCGUCACCUCGACGCUCCUCAUUUUCGGUAGGCUGACUGACAUGUUCGGCGGAUAUCUCAUCUACAGCGGGGGCGCUAUCUGGCUCACCAUAUCCUCGAUUCUAUGCGGUGUCUCGCAGACAUGGCUGAUGUUGAUCAUCUGCCGAGCGUUGCAGGGCUUUGCUCUAGCCGCGUUUCUGCCCUCUGGAAUCAUGGUUCUUGGCAGUACCUACAGACCGGGGCCCCGGAAGAACAUCAUCUUCAGUAUCUACGGAGCAUGUGCCGCACUGGGUUUCUUCGUCGGUAUCUUCUUUUCCGGGCUUUGCGGUGAAUAUCUCACCUGGAGAUGGUACUUCUUUUUCGGAGCGAUCCUGUCGGCUAUAACAUCCGCGCUAUCACUUUUCUCCAUUCCGCGUGACUAUUCUGAGACGAGGAAUUUAGGCGUUCAGAUGGAUUGGCCUGGUGUCUGUCUUUCCAUCCCGGCGGCAGUGCUCAUUGUGUUCGCUAUCGCGGACAGUUCAUAUGCCCCACAAGGAUGGAGGACGCCAUAUAUUCCUCUUUUCCUUGCUCUUGGGCUGAUUUGCCUCGGAGGCAUGGUUUAUGUGGAAGGAUGGGUCGUGAAGAAUCCCCUGCUCCCUGGUGAUAUUUUCCGACUUAAGUAUAUGCUACCUCUCACGAUCGCGUUGUUCUUCCUAUACGGCACAUUGGGCAUAUUCCUCCUAUAUGCGGUUCUUUACAUGUCCGAGUUCAUGGGUGCUUCUCCGAUGCAAAUCGUGGCAUGGGCUGUGCCUAUGGGAGUUGGUGGUCUCAUCCUCUCAGUUGGAGGAGGGAUGAUCUUCCACAAAGUCCCGGGAACAAUCCUGAUGUUGAUAUCAUGCCUCGGCUACGUGGGAUCUGGAUUAUUCUUCGCCGUUAUCCCUCUUGGUGGCAACUACUGGGCUUUCGUGUUCCCGGCGAUGAUAUGCGGCACCGUCGGCAUUGACAUUAGCUUCAAUGUCGCCAAUGUCUUCAUCACAACAAAUUUGCCAAAAGCAAGACAAGGCCUUGCGGGUGCGUUGAUCAACUGCACCUUGCACAUGGGAAUUGCUGUCUUGCUUGGUUUUGCCGAUAUUGUUCACACGCAGACGUCCAACUUGGGUCCUCGACGUAGCUACAAAGCUGUCUUUUGGUACCAAACUGGAUUGGCUAUAUUUGGAUUUUUGAUUGUCCUUUUCUUCGUGCGGAUCCGGGAGGCCAAGAGUGAGCUUACGCUGGACGAAAGGGAAGCAUUGGCAGCCGAGGAAAAUGGCAGAACGGGGGAUGUCUGA